CAAAUAUAUUUUUGGACAUACAUAUAUUUAAUUGAAGUAUAAUAUUUUCAAGAUAAUAAAUGCUUUGGUAUUUUUUUUUCUAUAUUUAAAAUAUUAUAACCUAUAUCUUCAAUAUUCUACAAGUGAGUGAAAUAUCUCAAAGAUGGACAUGGACAAUAUUAGAGAUUCUCUUAGCUCUGAUGAUAUGGAUGAAAUGAAUCAGGAAGAGAUUAUUUAUCUUGGAGACGCUGAUGAAGUUUUGGAGGCUUUUGAAGACGAGAUAGAUUCGGCUGAAGACGAAGAUUUUGUUCCAUCAAGAGAUGAUGCAAUUAAAACUUUUACCCCUGAAGAACCCGACAAAUCUGUUUUUUGCAUCGCCGUGCAUCCUGAAGAUAAAAUGUGGGCAACCGGCACUGAAGCCGAUAAACUACAUAUAUGGAAUGCAAAUGGGAUUUUGCAGUGCUCGUUUGAUUUUGAAGAUUCUGUAGUAGUCGUACAAUUUAGUGCCGAUGGUACAUUACUAGCGGCUGCGGAUAUGGCUGGUAACAUAAAAGUUUAUAAUGUAACGAAAGAGCCUUAUACUUCGGUUUUUGACUACGCUGUCGGUGAUAUACAGUUUUUAAUAUGGCACAAACAAGCAAAUGUACUCUUUGCGGGUUCAAUAACUGGAGAUAUAUACGUAUUAAAAGUACCAAGUGGUGAUUGCAAGAUUCUAUUAGGGCAUGGAAGUAAAGUAAAUUGCGCUUCACUGAUGGCUGAUGGAACUCGUAUAGCGGCUGGAUAUGAUGAUGGGGUUGUUAAAAUUUGGGAUAUUAAAAAUACAUCAGUACAAAAACAAAUAAAUACUGAUUCGCAAAUUAUUACUAUUGAUACCCAUUUUGAAAAUAAUGUAAUAAUGAUCGGAACUGCGGAAGGCAAAAUGACCCUAAUAAAUGCUACUAACGGCAAAAUUCUCAAUGAUAUGAAAACGAAUCAGUCAGUUGAAUCAGUAGCAUUUUAUAAUAAUGCUGAAUUAAAUCUUUCGGCAAUAGGAUGCCUAGAUGGAUCAAUUGUUAUAUGGGAUGUAACCAGAAAUGCAAUCAGACAAACAUUAGAGUCACAAGCAGGCGUUGUCACCAUUAAAUGGUUAACUGGAGCAAAAAUUAUAUCAGCUCAUUUAGAUGGUUGCAUUAGAAUUUAUGAUGGAAGAUCGGGUGUUUUAGAAAAUCUGUUUAUGGGUCAUAGAAGGGCAAUAUUAGACUUGGCAGUCUCUAAAAAUCACAAAACAUUUGCAACCGCGUCUGAUGAUGGUACAGCGAAGUUAUUUGAUUUACAAAAUCCUCCUCCUGUCGAAAUGGAUUCUUGA